AUGAAGACAAAGCAUUCUCCAGGGGAAGAUCCGAUCAUCGGCUUCUGCAAGGCAACUUCAGCGCCUCAAGAAACAGCACUCUUCUUCCUCGAAGGAUUCAGCUGGGAUCUCGAUAACGCCGUCUCUGGUUUCCUCCAAGGUCAGCUUCCUCCUGUCAAAAAACAGCCGUUGCAGCGAUCUCGAUCACGAUCUCCCUCGAGGCGGAUAGACUCAUCUGGCUUGAGAUCAAAGCAUUAUAAGAUGGACGCAGAUGAAACCUUCAAAACUUUGGAUGAUGAUAGAGAGCCUAUUGGAAUUGCCAAAGAAGCAACUCAUGAUGAAAUAUCACAUGGAGAAGAUUUGGCCUCUAUGCCUGAUCCUAUCUGA